AUGACUGAUACUACUUCGACUUCCAAACGUCUCAAUUCAGACAACGGAUCAACAGCCAAUUCUGAUAUGGGCGAUUCAAGUGCAUCGUCGUCACGAUCAUUGUCACCAAAUUGUGGCUGGAUCAUCAAAUACAAGAUUCUUCCGAAAAAGAAUGCCGAGUCCAAAGGUGUUUGGGAUGGAUACGAAACAAAAGAAGAAUUCAUGACAAUGCAUCUGCGUUGA